UCUCUACGUUUGCUAAGUUUUUUUCUUGGCUUGCGCAGGCAGCAGGCAAGGGAAAGGUAGCAACAGGAACAAAGUUCGGGAAGGGCUCGAUUAAAGCUGCAUUUUCGAUCCGUCAGACGCCCAACUUCAGCGAUACAUAACAAUCGGAUUGCCGUGCUGUCUACGCAGUGGUGGGCAAGUACCUACCAGAGGGAGAGUGACAUAUUCCCCGACUUUUAAUUGAGAAUCUCGCCCCCUCCAACACAUUUUUUUCUGGGAACGCGUUCAAGUGGAGUCUGGGUGUGGGUGAGAGAGAGUUGGUGCUGUGGUGCUGAUGUGUUUCAAAAUGUCUUAGGGGUCGAGACGAAAGAGAACGUGGAGACAUCACUUUUUCCAACUGGUCCUCGCUAAUUUCCUUUAAACUUUUGUGAGACUUUUCGGAACAGGACUCCCUGUAAGGUGGUGUUCAGAUCCGUGUGGGACGUACACCGAUAGGUCUGUACUGGAACUUUCCCCAGCUGAGGAAGACAUCACUGAGGAAGAGGAGUUGGAGGACGGCCACCUGGAUUAAACAUGGCCGACGCCGCGUCGCCCAGGGAUACCGCAGAGGGCGGGACUGACAAUGAGUUCACUGACAUCAUCAAGUGCAGAGCAGAUGAACACGAUGCGGUGCAGAAGAAGACUUUUACCAAAUGGAUCAAUGCCCAGUUCUCCAAGCGUGGGAAGUCUGCAAUAAAGGACCUGUUCUCAGACUUAAGGGAUGGACGGAAACUCCUCGACCUACUGGAGGGACUCACAGGAAACACUCUGACUAAGGAACGCGGUUUUACACGAGUGCACUCCCUCAACAACAUCAACCGGGUUCUACAGGUCCUGCAUCAAAACAACGUGGAGUUGGUGAACAUUGGGGGAACAGAUAUUGCUGAUGGGAACCACAAGCUGACACUCGGCCUCAUCUGGAGCAUCAUUCUACACUGGCAGGUGAAGGAUGUGAUGAAGGAUGUGAUGUCAUCGCUGCAGCAGACCAAUAGCGAGAAACUGCUGCUGAGCUGGGUGCGGAACGUCACGCGUAGCCACGACGACGUCAACGUUCUCAAUUUCACCACCAGCUGGUCUGAUGGGCUGGCCUUUAACGCCAUCAUGCACCACUUCAGGCCCAAUGUGGUCAGCUGGAACAAGGUGUUGGGAAUGACCCCUGUUGAGAGGUUAGACCAUGCUUUCCGUGUUGCUAAGGAACAGCUUGCCAUUGAAAGACUGCUAGACCCUGAAGAUGUGGCCGUGCAACUUCCCGACAAAAAGUCCAUCCUCAUGUACGUGACCUCGCUUUUCGCCGUGCUGCCCAAUGACAUCACAAUGGAGGACAUCAAAGAGGUGGAGACUCUGCCUCGAAGGUUCCGUCUGGAGGCGGAGGAAGCCCCUACCACUGCCAGCCCACCUCAGGUGCCGGUGGCGGUGGAGGAGGACACGGCGGUGGAAGGGGCGGAGCUGGAGUGGUACCAGGUGACGCUGGAGGAGGUGCUGACGUGGCUGCUCUCGGCCGAGGACGCGCUGCAGGGCCAGGGGGACAUCUCCGAGGAGGUGGAGGAGGUGAAGGAGCAGUUCCACACACACGAGGCCUUCAUGAUGGAGUUGACGGCGCACCAGAGCAGUGUGGGCAGCGUGCUCCAGACAGGCAAUCAGCUGAUCGCCGACGGCAACCUGAGCGAUGAGGAGGAGGGCGAGAUCCGCGAGCAGAUGAGCCUGUUGAACACGCGCUGGGAACACCUGAGAGUCAGCAGCAUGGAGAGACAGAGCAGGCUCCACGAGGUUCUGAUGGAUCUGCAACAGCAGCAGCUGCAGCAGCUCUCUGAUUGGCUCUCGCAAACAGAAGGGCGGAUCCGCAAGAUGGAGACGGAGCCAAUCGCCAGAGACAUGGACAGCUUCCACACACAGAUAGAGCAGCACAAAAUGUUGCAGGGAGACCUGGAGCAGGAGCAGGUGAAGGUCAACUCCCUCACACACAUGGUGGUGGUGGUGGACGAGAACAGUGGAGAGGGCGCCACCGCUGCUUUGGAGGAGCAACUGCAGUCUCUGGGUGAGAGGUGGGCCGGUGUGUGUCGGUGGUGCGAGGACCGCUGGACGCAGCUGCAGGAUGUGCUUCAGAUGUGGCAACAGCUCCUUAGUGACCAGAGUGCCUUUUCCAAUUGGUUGUCGGAGAGGGAGUUGGCCCUGGAAGACGUUCAGACAAGUGAUUUCAAAGAUCGUGGAGAAGUCAACGCCAAUUUGCGCAUAUUAGCUACCCUGAAGGAGGACGUGGCCCUGCAGCGGCCCGUGCUGGACCGACUGGAGGGCGAUCGGCAGGACCUGGCGGCUCUGAUGCGUGGCUCGCCGGCUCUGGCCCAGAUGGGGGCCGACUCCGAGGAGCUGACCCAGCGCUGGAACAACCUGCUGCAGAGGCUGGAGGACUGCUCAGCGCAGGUAACGGAGGCGGUGACGGUUGCCGGGAUGCCUCAGCUGCAGGAGAGGGCAGCCGCGGAGACCACGCUCACCGGGACGACCAGCAGCUCGGCAGGCCAGGACGCCAGCAGCGACCCCGCCCCUGCCAAGAGGCAGCAUCUGGAUACCGACGCGGAGAUGACAAGCCUGUCGGAGUUGCUGGCAAGACUCAAAGAGUGGCGUGCUGCAGCAGAGUCCCUGCAGACCACAGAUCAGCUACAGGCUCUGGAGAAGGGACUGGCGGAGCAGGAGGGGCAUCUUGCGGAGGCUGAGGACCGAGUGUCUGGACUACAGCAAGAGGGUGUGAGUGUGGAGGAGCUGCAGGCGUGUUUGGCUUCGGUCUGCUCGGAGCGGCAGGCCUGCGCGGCCUCGCUGCCGGGCCUCCGGGAGCGGGUCCUGCGGUGCGGUCGGGUCCGGGAGCUCUCUGCUGAGCUGCGGGCCCUGGAGCAGGUGCUGAGCGGCCCAGAGGGAUGGCUGAGGACCACCAGUGUAGCCAGCAGCAGCAGCAGUCAAGACCAGCUGAGGGACCAGAAGACCGCUUGUGAGGCACACGUGGCUGGGGUGUCUGCUUUAAGUGCGCGGGUCCAAGAGCUGGGGGCUGCUGUUAAAGUAGAAGAGGGCGUGUCUGAUGACAUCACAAUGGGCGUGGCCAACUUCUCUACACGCCACGAGACUACACUGGAGAAACUGAAGGAGAGACAACACGAGGUCAACACAGCCUUGGCCGGUCUGGAGCAAGCGCAGGCAGAAGUGGAGACUGAGGAGUCCAUGGUGACGGAGCAGAGCGUGACUGUGUCAGAAAGUGUGACUGUGUCAGAAAGUGUGACUGUUUCAGAAAGCAUGACUUUGUCAGAAAGCAUGACUUUGUCAGAAAGUGUGACUGUUCUUGAAAGUGUGACGACGUCCGAGAGUGUGACCGUGUCCGAGAGUACGAGUGUGUCCGAGGGUGCGAGUGUCAUGGCGGAACAGCAGAGUGUGCCCCAGGAGAAGGGUGCUGUGGAGAGUGUGUGUGAGGAUGCGGUGGAGAGUGUGUCGAGCGAGAUGGAGGCACGGCUGGCGGAGCUGAGGAACGGCAUCAGUGACGUGCCCACCGCCGAGGAGGCAGUACAGAAGGCACAGGCAUUGUGUCUAGAGCUGGAACAGAGGUGGCCAACAGGAGAAGGUUCAGAGAAGUGGGCGGGGCUGUCUGGUAGAGCACGUGACGAGCUUGGAAUGUUGCAGUGCGUUCUGGGUAGCAUGAAGGAAUCGCAGGUGCGUGGUGCGGAGGUGACGGCCUGGUUGGAAGAGGCAGAGGAAGUGAUGUCGAGGGAUUCCGUCGGAGUGAGGGAAACAGAGAAGCUGAAGGAGGAAAUGGAGCAGUGCAAGUCAUGUGUGGGCCGUAUGGCCGCGGUUGAGGCUGCUCUGAAGCAGUGUGAGGAGAACACUGGAGCGGUGCAGAAGAGCUCAGUACCCGCACUGAGCAGCUGGGGGCAGGCCACCCUGGAGGAGACGCAGAGCAGGUGGAACACGCUCAGCAAACAGCUCCUGCGUCACCAGGAGACUGUGUGUGAGAGCCAGGAGCGCGUGGCUAACCUCCAGAAGGACCUGAGUGAGAUGAGGGAGUGGCUACAGCAGGUGGACGAAGAGUUCCUCAUGAGAGACUUUGAAUACAAGAGCCCAGAGGACCUGGAGGCAGCCCUGGAGGAGAUGAAGAGGGCGGAGGAGGAUGUCCGUCAGAAGGAGGUGCGUGUGAAGAUCCUGAAGGACAGCAUCAACGUGCUGGCCUCCCAGACGCCCCCCGCUGGCCAGGAGCUGUCGGCGCAGCUGGGCACCGUGCUGCACAACUACCACAAGCUCUGCGACCGCUUCAAGAGCAAGUGCCACACCCUGGAGGAGGUGUGGUCGUGCUGGAUGGAGCUUCUUCAUUAUCUGGAUGUAGAGGAGCAGUGGCUCUCCAGCCUGCAGGAGAAACUAGCCACCACACACACCCUGCCAGAGAGCACAGCAGACACAGUCAACCAGGCGCUGGAGUCCCUGGAGGGUGUGUUGCGUCACCCGUCUGAUAACCGUACCCAGAUCCGAGAGCUGGCCCAGACGCUGAUCGACGGCGGCAUCCUGGACGAGCUCAUCAGCGAGAAACUGGAGGCCUUCAACACGCGCUACGACCAACUCAGCCAACAGGCGGUGAGCCAGCAGGUAUCUCUGGAGCAGCAGCUGUCUAGUCUGCGGGAGAGCGAGGGCUCGCUACACGCGCUGCAGGAUGCCCUCACACAGCUGGACCACACACUCACAUCCUACCUCACCGACCGCAUCGACGCAUUCCAGUUACCACAGGAGGCACAGCGUAUCCAGGCGGAGAUGGCGUCUCACGAGGCGGCUCUGGAGGAGCUGAAGAAGAGGAGCGUGGGUAACGUGCCAUCUCCAUCCCCCACCCCCGUCACCUCCCUCGACGCCAAGCCCAGCAGAGGAGCCACCCCACUCGAGCAGAUGCAGCGUAAGUUGAGGGAGAUCAGCACUAAGUUCCAGCUGUUCCAGAAGCCGGCCAACUUUGAGCAGCGCAUGCUGGACUGCAAGCGAGUGCUAGAGGGCGCCAAAGAGGAGCUCCACAUUCUGGACCUUACAGACAUCACGCCAGAGCACAUCCACUCACACCUCAGCGGCUGCAUGAAACUGUAUAAGGUGCUGAGUGACGUGAAGAUGGAGGUGGAGACGGUGAUAAAAACUGGACGGCAGAUCGUGCAGAAGCAGCAGACUGACAACCCUAAAGGCAUGGACGAACAGCUGACCGCCCUCAAGCUACUGUACAACGACCUGGGAGCACAGGUGACUGAAGGCAAGGCUGAUCUGGAGAAGGCCCUGUCUCUGUCUGAGGCGGUGCAGAGCGACGGCGCCGCCCUGCAGGCCUGGCUGAGCAGCACGGAGGAACAGCUGCAGCAGCGCCACAGCACAAACAUGCCUGCCGACACACAUGCCGAGCAGGCCUGGGCCAACGGCAUCCUGUCGGAGUGUGAGCAGAGGAAGGAGGAGCUGGGCGGCCUGGUGGAGAAGAGCGCCGCCCUGCAGGCCAUGGUGGAGCAGGGUGAGGCAGCUCUGGAGGAGAGGCUCUUCCAGCUCAACGAGGCCUGGGCUCGCUCACACAGCGCAGCACAGGACUGGCUCAAUGCCCUGCAGUCCCACCAGACUGACAUGGAGGACUUUGAUGAGAACCUGGCCCACAUCAGCACCUGGAUGUACCAGUCGCAAAUCCGAUUGGACGAGGCCGAGAAGCUCCCGCCCCCACAGAGGGACAGGGAGGUGCAGUCUCUGCAUUGCGAGUUGGAGGGUAUGUGUGUGCGUGUGGGGGGUGUGAGGGAGCGUGCUCUGCUGCUCAUCACAGCUCGUGGUCCGGCCUGUAGCGAAACUGUGGAGCCCAAACUCACAGACCUCACCAGGGACUUCAGCAAGGUGUCCCAGCGCAUCCGGGCCGCACAGGCGUGUGUGGAAGAGCAGUGUGUGGAGGUGGAUAGUCGGCUGCAGCAGUUUGAGUCUGAACUGCAGGCCUGUCUCCACACUCUACAGAGCCAGGACACACACCCUGCAGACGAGGAGAGACUGGAUGAUCAGAAGGCGUGUGUAGAGGACUUGCUGAGGAGAGGAGAGGAGGUGCUUCAGCUGACUCCCCACGAGGACAAGAGGAGAGAGCUGAGGAUAAAACUACAGCUCUUACAGCAAGAGGUGUGCUUUGACAAGCUGCCCAUGGUGGUGAUGACGGAGCCAGGGGACUCUUCCUCAUCCCUUUCUCUCACGCCGGCCACCGAAGAAGAGGAAGAAAGACAGCGCAUGGAGAAGAGGAUGAGUGAAGAGGAAGGAGAAAAGGUUGAUGGAGGAGUGUCCGCCGAGGAAGGGCUGGAAGAGGAGGAGGGGAGGAGGAGUGCGUCUCUUCAUCUCUCUCCCUGCUCCUACCUGUUGGAGGUGAACAAGCUGCUGUUGGCCAUGGCGGACACGGAGCUGCUCCUCAACUCCAGCCAGCUCAACACCGGCCUCUACGACAACUUCAGCGCACAGGAGGACACACUCAGGAGUGUGAAGGAGAGUCUGGAGCGCCAUGGCGACCAGGUUGCCGUGAUAAACGAGCGUCAGCCAGACGCCAUGGCGGAGGCCCGCCCACAGGAAGUGAUGCGGAUCUCAGACGCCCUCAGCCAGCUCAACACAGAGUGGGACCGGCUCAACCGCACAUACGCCCUACGCAAGGGGAGCUUCGACCGUGCCGUGGAGGGCUGGCGGCAGUUCCACUGUGACAUCACGGACCUCGGCCAAUGGCUGAGCCAUGCUGAGCAGCUGCUUGACGCGAGGGAGGAGCCAGACGCCGACCCUGAACAGGUCAAAGGGCACCAGGAGGAGCUGGAGGAAGGCUUGACCAAUCAGCUGCCGGUUCUGGCCCAGCUCAACCAAACAGGAAGUGACAUCAUCGCCCAGCUGUCGUCGGCAGAGGGCCCCCUACUGGAGGAGAAGCUGCAGCGCCUCAACCAGCACUUUAGCUUGGUGGAACACCGCAUCCGCAUCGGCAGGCAACACACACGGUUGCUGCCUUCAGACCCUGCUGUGUUUGUCAGUAUGAUGGCAGGAGGGACCAUGGAGCAGACAUCAGUGGACAGUGAAGCUAAGCUCCAGGUGAGGCGACAGCCCUCUCAAGAGGCGGAGUCUGGAUUUGACGAGCACUUCCAGGAGCGUAUCAGCAGGCUGCAGGACUGGAUCCAGGAGACCAAUCAGAUGCUGAGCCUCAGAGGACCAGCAGGGCUGUCUCACAGUGAGGCAGAGGAUCUGUCCUACACCAUGGGGGACAAAAAGCGAGAGCUUGAGGACAUCCUUGCCUUGUCCAUCAGUCUGCAGAAACAACAUCAGCUCCAACCCCAGGAAAAGAUGAAAGUGGAGAGCCUGGCUGCGGGCUGGAAGGCUCUGGAUGUCCACCUGAAGGCGACGCCUUUGCCGCCCAUGUCCCCUUACACACACCAAGUUGUCCAGCAACCAGCGACAGUGGUGGCUGUGCCAGUUCAGAUGGUGAGAGUUUCGAGCGAGGCUCCACCCCCUCCUGCCCACAGCCCCGAGCCCGUCGCCCCAGGUGACCUCAACCAGACGGCCACCGAGCUCGCUGAUUGGCUGCUGCUCAUCGACCAGAUGCUCAAGUCCAACAUCGUCACCGUGGGAGACAGCCAGGAGAUCCGCACCACCAUCUCUCGCCUGCAGGUGACCAAACUAGACAUGGAGCACCGUCAUCCCCAGCUGGAGAAGAUCUUCACUCUGGCUCAGAACAUCAAGAACAAAACAUCCAACCUGGAUGUCCGCACCUCCAUCACCGAGAAACUUGAGAGAGUGCGUAGCCAAUGGGACGGCACACAGCACAGCCUGGAAGCUCGCCUACAGCAGCUGGGUCACAUGACCGUCCACAGCGACCAAUGGGAAUCGCAGAGGAAAGAGCUGAAGGCCCUGAUUGGGCAGAACGAGGCCCGCCUCCACGGCCUCCAGCAACAGAGCAAGGAGCCACUGACCAGUCAGAUCAGCCACAGCAAGAUGUUCCUAUCGGAGCUGAGUAAGGGCCAGGCGUGUGUGUCCGGCUUUAACGAGCUGUCCCAGCUGCUGCUGCAGGAGUACGCGGGCGACGACACGCGAAGGGUUAAAGAGGUCAGCGACAACCUCACGGCCGCCUGGCAGAGCCUCAACAACAGAGCGCGGGACACCCACGCUGUGCUGGACGGCGAUCUGAAGGCCCUCCAGGCCUCCCUCAGGGAGAUGGAGGCGUGUCUUAAAUGGCUCCAGGAGGCGGAGACUACCCUCAACAUGCUAGGACACGCUUCCCAGGAGGAGGGGCUACUGCAGGACGCCACGCGGGUGCGAGAGCUGAAGACUCAACUCCAGGAUAUCCAGGCAGAGAUCGAUGCCCAUAAUGACAUAUUUAAGAGUGUGGAGGGGGGUAAGGGCCGCAUGCUGCGGGCCCUGGGGGGCUCAGAGGAGGCCACCUUCCUACAGCAGCGCCUGGACGACAUGAACCAGCGCUGGGGAGAGCUCAAGGCAAAGAGCUCCAACAUACGGGCCCAUCUGGAGGCCAAUACGGAGCGUGUGACGGGCCUGCUGACGCAGCUGGAGGAGCUAUGGGCGUGGCUAUGUCUGAAGGAGGAGAGCCUUAACAAACAGAUGCCCAUCGGCGGAGACGUGCCCACACUGCUGCAGCAGCACAAACACUGCACGGAGCUGCGUGCGGAGCUGCAUCAGCAGGAGCCGGUGGUGCUGGGGGCCCUGGAGCAGGCCAGAGCCUUCCUAGCAGACCAGCCCAUAGAGGGCCCCGAGGAGCCACGCAGGACACCCCAGCCCAAAACAGACCUGACCCCAGAGGAGCGUGCGGCGCGUCUGUCCCGCGCGGUGCGUAAGCAGAGUGGGGAGGUGCGCGAGCGGUGGGAGCGCGUGUGCGCCGCGUCGGGCCGCUGGCAGGCCAGCGUGGAGCAGGUGCUGGAGAGCAUGCAGGAGCUGCAGAGCCGCAUGGACGCGCUGGAGCUGCGCCUGGCCCGCGCCGAAGACGCCCGCCAAACCUGGCAACCCGUCGGGGACCUGCUGAUUGACGCCCUGCAGGACCACAUACAGCACACCACGGCGUUCCGUGAGGAGCUGGUCCCAGCUCAGCAGGAGGUGAGCAGCCUAAAUGACCUCAGCACCCAGCUCAGCCCCCUGGACGUCCAGCUGUCCUCCACCACCACACACCAGCUAGACCAGCUCAACGCACGCUGCCACCUCCUACAGGUUGCGGUAGAGGAGAGGUUGAAGUUGCUUCAGGAAGCUCACAGAGACUUUGGUCCUUCAUCCCAGCACUUCCUCUCAACAUCUGUGCAGCACCCGUGGCAAAGAGCAGUUUCACCGAAUAAAGUCCCUUACUACAUCAAUCAUCAGACGCAGUCGACCUGUUGGGACCAUCCCAAGAUGACGGAGCUUUACCAUUCACUAGCGGACCUGAAUACAGUGAGAUUCUCUGCCUACCGUACUGCCAUGAAGAUUCGACGGCUGCAGAAAGCUCUAUGCUUGGAUCUGCUGGACCUGUCGGUGGCCCAGACGGCGUUCCAGCAGCAGCAGGGGCAUCGUGGAGGCGUUGGCAUGGGCAUGGGGAACGUUGGCGUGGGGGCCAACAGCGUGCUGACGGUGCCCGAGGUCAUCAACACGCUCACCUGCAUCUACGACGGCCUGGAGCAGGAGCACAAGGACCUGGUCAACGUGCCCCUCUGUGUGGACAUGUGCCUCAACUGGCUGCUCAACGUCUACGACACGGGUCGAACAGGAAAAAUCCGAGCUCUGUCCAUGCGGAUCGGACUUCUGUGUCUUUCCAAAGGACACCUGGAAGAGAAAUACAAAUUCCUCUUCAGCCAGGUGUGCUCGUCGGGCGGUGUGUGUGACCAGAGGCAGCUGGGCGUGCUGCUGCACGAGGCCAUCCAGAUCCCCAGGCAGCUGGGGGAGGUGGCCGCCUUCGGGGGGAGCAACAUAGAGCCCAGCGUACGCAGCUGCUUCCAGCACGUGACCAAUAAGGUGGCGGUGGAGCCCAGGCAGUUUGUUGAUUGGAUGCGUCUGGAGCCCCAGUCCAUGGUGUGGCUGCCGGUGCUGCACAGGGUGGCGGCCGCCGAGACCGCCAAGCACCAGGCCAAGUGCAACAUCUGCAAAGAGUGCCCCAUCAUAGGCUUCAGGUAUCGCAGUCUGAAGCAUUUUAACUAUGACCUGUGCCAGAGCUGUUUCUUCUCCGGCCGAACUGCCAAAGGCCACAAGCUCAACUACCCCAUGGUGGAGUACUGCACACCGACCACCUCGGGCGAGGACAUGCGUGAUUUCACCAAAGUGUUGAAGAACAAGUUUCGCUCCAAGAAGUACUUUGCCAAGCACCCCCGACUGGGCUACCUACCCGUGCAGACUAUCCUGGAGGGGGACAACCUGGAGACUCCAGUCACCCUUAUCAGCAUGUGUCCAGAGCAGUAUGAGAUGGCCCAGUCGCCAGAGCUGUCUCAGGACGACACACACUCGAGAAUCGAGCAGUUUGCUACUAGGUUGGCUCAGAUGGAGCACUCCAACGGUUCCCUGCCCACAGACAGCAGCUCAGCCACCGGUAGCAUGGAUGAGGAGCAUGCCCUGAUCCUGCAGUACUGCCAGACUCUGGGCAGUGGAGUAGGGGAGGCGUCUCAGCUGACCUGCAGCCAUCCGUCUACCCCCACCCACUCCCCCGCCAACUCCGCCCACUCCCCCGCCAACUCCGCCCACUGCCCCUCCUCCACGCUGCUGCAGAGCCCCGCCCAGAUCCUGCACGCCGUGGAAAAGGCGGAGAGAGGCGAGCUGCAGAGGGUCAUCUCGCGCCUGGAGGAGGAGCAGAGGGCUCUACAGCGUGAGUAUGAGGAUCUGCAGCUGGAGCAGCAGCGGGCCCCUGCACCAGCGUCGGCCUGGUCCCCCCCGGGGGGCCCCGAGGGUCGCUCAUCCAGCCCCGGCGGCGGUGCGCCCAUGGGCGAAGCGGACCUGCUGGCGGAGGCGAGGUUGCUACGGCAACACAAGGGCCGUUUGGAGGCGAGGAUGAGCAUCCUGGAGGAGCACAACAAACAGCUGGAGUCCCAGCUCCACCGCCUCCGAACACUACUGCACCAGCCUGACUCCAGGGUUAAUGGGGUCUCCCCUGCUGGAUCUCUCCCUCACGAACUCGGGUCACUAGCAGAACACACAGAUUCCAGUUCAGACCUCGCCGAAGUGUUGGAGCAGAUAAACAACAAUUUCCCACCAUGCAGCACAUCACCUAUGACUGCUCAGCCUCAGGUCAUGUGAGGCUGAACCUGAGAGCAUACACCACCUACCAGUUACACACACCUACAAUUUCUACCGAUGGACCCUCAUUGUGAUGUCACUGUCGCCGCGACAACCGUUCCUUAUGGCUUGGCCAAUCAUAGGCCAGGGAUAGGCGUGGAGUGGACCCAAAGACCACACGGAGCGCGCACACGGAGCCGCCUGAAGGCCUCCCAGUGGAACCUCCUUAGACUGGCUUACAACACAACACCCCCAGGAGCAAAAGGAGAUAGAUCCCCAAUUGUGUGUACUAUGCAAGUGUGUGUGUGUGUGCGUGUGUGUGUGUGUGUGUGUGUGUGUGUGUGUGUGUGUGUGUGUGUGUGUGUGUGUGUGUGUGUGUGUGUGUGUGUGUGUGUGUGUGUGUGUGUGUGUGUGUGUGUGUGUGUGUGUGUGUGUGUGUGUGUGUGUGUGUGCGCGCGCGUGUGUGUGUGUGCGCGAGCGCCCGCAUGUGUGCACGCCCGCGUGUGUGCGCGCGCCCGCGUGUGUGUGCGCGCUCAUGUGUGUGUGUGUGUGUGUGUGUGUGUGUGUGCGCGCGCCCGUGUGUGUGUGUGUGUGCAUGUUCAUGCGUGUCCGCGUGUGUGUGUGUAUGUACUGUCUGUUUUAGGGGAUUGAGUUUUGGUUGGAGUUUUGGCUUUGUACUGUACUCAAUGAGUGUGACUGUCAUAACUUGUAUUUUAUUUUUUGAUUUUCUUAAUGUUUUUUUAUAUAUAUAUCGGUUUCACACAAAACGUGAUCACACCUACGGUCUUUAUAUUCUAUUGGGUAAUAUGACAUACACACACACACACACACACACACACACACACACACACACACACACACACACACACACACACAGUUGUUACAAACAGUAGAUGACCAUGUGUUGGAUGGUAGGCAUGUUAACACAGAAGGCAGCUUUGUCAUAUUUACCAUUUGAAUGGAAAAGAAACCGUGCACGUGUGUGUGUGUGUGUGUUCGCUUAGACCUUUGUGCCCUUAAACAUUGUGAUUCGUAUCAGUAAUUACGCAUGAACGAUUAUUUCUAAUACACACACACACACAUGCAAGGAGCAUCCAUACACACACACACACACUCACACUCUCUCUCUCUCUCUCUCUCUCUCACACACACACACACACACAUACAUACACACACACACGCAAACGUGUUCUCUUUUAACUGAGUUGAAUUCCACCUGUGCCUGAACAGCUUUGUUGUCCGUGAUGAUAAUCAGAAGUGACUCUACUGUUGAAGUUCUAAGUAAACGCUCUCUCCUGUUGUAUAGUGGCCCAGUAAGGCUUAAUUAUUAACAUCCCUCUUAGAGUCCGCUAAUGUUGUUGUCAAGUCCAGUCCAGGUCGAACCCGUACGUGUGUUUGUGUGUAAACCCGUACCCGUGUGUGUGUGUAUAUGUGUAUAUAUCUAUAUUUAUCGAAAUAUAUAUAUAUAGCACUCUAGUUUUCUAGGUCUGCGUUUGGAGAUAAAAAGAAAAAGAAGAAAAAACAAGACGAAAUAAAACCCUGAAGCCAUGACUGCCUUGCUACCUCAGUGUUCCCCCUCGCUCGCUCUCUUUCCACCCUUACUCGUUUUUUUAUUAUUGUUAUUAUUUCACCCCUUAGUGUUGUCCUCUUUCGUUCUUAUUUAACCCUUAACCUCUCCUUCCAUCCUCUAUCAAUUUUUGCAUUUCAUUCUCAGUAUCUUGUCCUCGCUAUCACUAUCCAUCCAUAUCCUCUCGUUUUUCAGUCCCUCAAUCUCACUACUCGUUUGUGUCAUAUCUCAGUCUCUUUCUCUGUCUAUCCCUCCAUUUCUAUUAAUUUUUUGUAUUUUAUGUACAAUCACUCAUGCUCUGACUCUACCUGUUUGCCUGUCAGGCACCCGACUUCAAUAAUGUGGGUAGACCUUUCGAAACUGCGACGUUUACCCUUUGACCCGGAAGUGGAACGCUAGAGGUAAAAAUCAGGAAGCCGGUAGACGCAGAAGGUCUAGAGAGGAAAAGCAAUCACGUUGAGCAUUUCUGUUACUUCUCCUCUCUUGGUGUAUUUUUUAUUAUUAUUAUUCCUCCAUCAAACAUUAUUAGUCCAUCCUACCUUCUUUUCCUCCCCUCCACUCCACUCCUCUCCCCCCAGUUUUCCCUCUUUUGUACUGUGUGUUUUUAUUUUACAGUGCAGUGCAGUGCUGAGCUGUGUGUAUUUUCAGCUAUGAUGAUGAGAACGGUGGUGAUUAUGAUGAUGAUGAUGGCAAAGAUGAUGGUUGACAAUUGUAAAGGUGAAAAUCGUAACUGAAGUAAUGGAUGAUGAUGAUGAUGAUGAUGAUGAUGUUAAUGAUGAUUGUGAUCAUUAUGAUGAUGAUGAUUGUGAUGUAAUCCACUCAUGGCAGUAAUGUGUGUUGUACUUUUCCCUGAGGUAGUUCAAUUGGACUGACACACUACAUGUAAUAUGGCUAUAAUUAUGUUUUAUUCUGGAAAAAAAUAAACAUUUUUACAAGUAC